AUCCCUCAACAGCUGCCCAGGGCACGGCUGAACAACAUGGGGCUGAGUGAGAGCAAAAGCCUGGGGCCCAGCGGAGCCAUGCCGAAAAGACAGAAAGAGAGUCUCCACGUCGCCGCCAGGAAGGGCCACUACGACACGGCCCGCCAUCUUCUUUCUCAGCGGAUGAGAGUCGUCAACAAACAGGACACCAGUGGCAGGACCCCGCUCUUCUGGGCCACGGAAUACAGGCACGAGAGGCUGGUGGAGCUGCUCUUGUCACACGGCGCAGACGUGGCCGCCCGGGACCACCAAGGGAACCUCUGCCUGCACUGGGCGGCCUUUGUGGGCUCUGCCCCCAUCGCCAGGAGGCUGCUGGAGUCCGGCUCCGACGUGAACGGCCAGAACCACCAGGGCGACUCCCCUCUGCACCUGGCCGCCCAGGAGAGAUCCUACCAGUGCCUGGUCCUCUUCCUUGCCCAGGGUGCCAAGGUCUUCCUGCCGAACAAAGACGGCCAGACGCCCCUGCAGUGCGCGAGGCCCAGUUCCCCAGCCUGGAGGGCCAUGCAGGCCGUGGUCUCCCUGCCUCCGAGCCCACAAGAGCGGAUCCUCAGCAGGGACAUCUCCCAGGGCUUUGAGGGCGUCCCCAUCCCCUGCCUCAACGGGGUGGACCGUGAUCCGUGUCCCAAGGACUACCACUACGUCACGCGGGACAUCCUCUCGAGUUCUGUGGCUCUCCCGACAACAAACUGGGUCAGAACUCAGCACUGUGAAUGCCCCAGCAUCUGCUCUGCAGGCAGCUGUCCGUGCAUCCUACGCAGCCAGCAUUACCAGUACACCUCGGACGGCCAGUUGGUGCCACCCUCCCUCCGAGAAGGCGAGAUGGGCCACAUCUACGAAUGCCACGUGCUCUGCAAAUGUGCCAGCUUCUGCCCAAACCGGGUGGUGCAGAGGGGCCUCAGGAUCCAGCUCCAACUCUUCAAGACACCAGCCAAGGGCUGGGGGGUGCGCACCAUGCAGGAUCUGUCCCAAGGGAUCUUCAUCUGUCAGUACUUUGGGGAGCUGAUCUCCAGCGCAGAGGCUGAACAGCGAUCAGAUGACACAUACUACUGUCGGGUGGAAGCACAGGAUGGGCAGCUGUACUACCUGGACGGGCGUUUCUACAGCAGCGUCGGCCGCUUCAUGAACCAUUCCUGCAACCCCAAUAUGAUACCUCUGCGAGUAUCCAUGGGCUUUGAGAUCCCGAGUGUUGCCUUCUUCACCAGUCGGGCCGUCCAGGCCGGCGAAGAGCUGGGGUUCGACUAUGGAAAUUCGUAUUGGGAGGCGAGAGGUUCCCAGGUCUGCCAGUGCCACUCGCCCCACUGCAGAUUCCGGCUGCCCCCUUCUUUGCAGGCUGCAGGGGAUCCCGGCCUGGAGCCCAGGGGCUACGCACUCAAGCCCAAGCGCAAGAAGUCGCCGCGGAGGAAGACACGUCCCCGCCGCGCUCAGCAGGCCGCUCCACCUUAGCCAAAGCGGGCCACUGGGCGGGAGGCCGGCAGCCGCUCUGUGGCCCAUGGAUGUUUCAAGCGCUAUGGACUGGAUUGAGGUUGCCACUGCUGUCUGCACCCCCCCACCCCAAGCUCAUGUGCCCCAUGCUUUGUCCUGAGCAAUCACAAUAAAGGGACU